UUGAAGGUAUAUAUGCAAUCGAUAAUUAGUGAUUAUGUCCGUCAACACGACCGAGAUCAUUUCAUUUGUUCUUUAUUUGUGUCACGGUCUGUAAGACGUAAUUAUUUAGCUCUAUACGCGUUUAAUAUCGAAAUUAACAAUAUAAUUUAUGAUUGUAGCGAAACAAUGACAGCUCUAGUACGUUUACAAUGGUGGCGUGAAAGAAUAAGUAUGAUCUACUGCAAUAAAGCAGUAAAUGAUAAUCAAGUAAUAUUGGAACUUGCAAAUGUUAUAUACUCUGCUGCUAUACCAGAAUUUUUAAUCAAUGACUAUCUUGAUGGAUAUGAGCAAAUGGUUUAUCAACCAUUCUAUAGAAAUACUCCUAAUUUAGAAAAAAUUGCAGCACAAACUACUGUAACUUUGAUAAAAAUACUUUUUACCACAACAAUACAAAAUUAUAGCAAUGAUCAAUUAGCGUAUCAUUGUGGAGUUGCUUGGCACUUAAUGAAUAGCCUGCGCAAUACAACUACAGAACGGCUGGAUGAAGAAACAAUGGUAUCGAUAGUUGAAAGAGCUGAAUACCAUAUAAAUCAAGUAAAAAAGUUAAUAAAGACGGCACCAAAGGAAAUAGUUAAAAUAACACUGCAAACGAGACUUGCGGGUUUAUAUCUGAAACGUAUUCGCAAUAAAAAAUCUGACGUCAUUAGUGGAAAAAUAGGUAUGAUAUCACCGAUUAUGCAAAUCAAGAUGCUGUUUUACUACUUUUUUAUAUAGGCUAUCCAUUAAUCAAUAGACCACUAAAACCUAUUUCUGACAGCCAUUUUGCCGUCAAAACUUGCUUAUGCUCCUCAAAUAUAUACUGCCGUAAUAGUCUAAAAUUGAUAAGAUAA